AUGUUGGCGCUGGAAACAAUCCGAUGUCAUGAUGAAAUCUAUCUAUCUAUCUAUCUAUCUAUCUAUCUAUCUAUCUAUCUAUCUAUCUAUCUAAUUUUAUCCAAAUCUAUCCUAGUCUCUUUCCAUCUAUCUUAUUAUGUAUUUUUUCUACAUUUUCAUUCAAUUACUAAAUUAUAUAUUUAUGGCGCACUGUUUAUCGAUCGCGAUAUUGUUUUCUUUCUUUCUUUUUUCUUUCUUUCUCUUUUUCUUUUUUUCUUUCUUUUUCUUUCCUUCUUUUUUCUUUCUUUCUUUCUUUCUUUCUUUCAUUUUCCUUUCUUUCUUUUUCUUUUUUCUUUCUUUCUCUUUUUCUUUUUCUUUUUCUUUCCUUCUUUUUCUUUCUUUCUUUCAUUUUCCUUUCUUUCUUUCUUUUUCUUUUUUCUUUCUUUCUCUUUUUCUUUUUUCUUUUUCUUUCCUUCUUUUUCUUUCUUUCUUUCAUUUUCCUUUCUUUCUUUUUUCUUUCUUUCUUUCUCUCUUUUUUCUUCCUAUUUCUUUCUUUUUUCUUUCUUUCACAAUUAG